GAGUUCAUUGGUGCUACUUAGCAUAGGUUCUUCCUGACCCUGUUCUUAUAGAUAUAAAGCUUGAAGAUGCCUCUAUCAUUGAUAAAAAAUCAGCUUCUUUGCUCGAGCCGUAAGGAAGAUAUUUUAUUUUUUUUGGGUAACAUGACUUUUGGGCCACCCUGUAUUAUCUUGCAGUUUGCUCAAAAUAGAAUAGGCAACAACUGUGAUAUUUAAUGGUAUGAAUAUUUUUAGCCUCUGAAUUUAAGACACGGUCAGACUUACUCAUCACCACGUUUCAAAAGCGGACAGCUAACAAUAUUGGAUUAUUAUCAUCAUUAAUACAUUUGUCAGUUGUUUCGAGUGGAAUUGAAAGUGGUUCUGUCUAUGAAACACUACUUGUCAACAACUCAUGGAUCAUAUUCCAUAAUUCACCACCGCCACCAGCUUUCAACGCGUGUACUUGUAGUGUGGCUUCUGAAUGUAUAAUUGGGAAAGUGGGUUUUCAAUGUAUUCUUGUAAACAAUUGUACGAAAGAUACUACGGUUUGGACGAUACCAGGUCUAUUCUUGGCUUGCACUUAUUAUGAAAGUAUACUUACAUCCGAUCUACGAUGCUUCUAUGACCAAGCAUGUUUCAACACUAUUCUUGCAAUGUACAAUGUUGACAUGCCAGAUAGACUUCCUUUGCCUUCAUUCGUAUCUUAUCUACCUAUACUGGACAAAUUAGCUCCAUCACGCUUUUCACCAACCGAUAAUCUUCGUACACUAUUUGAUAACCUCAUGGUAGAAGAGUGGAAUAUUACAGGUGAUUUUAAUGGGUACUAUAAAGCAUGUGCGCCAGUUAGCUGCACUUAUACAUCUGUUCAGCGACUAAACAUCAUUGCUCUUGUUACAACAAUCGUCGGCCUUAUUGGUGGUCUUACUGUUUCAUUACGCCUUCUAAUUCGAUUGGCAAUACGAGUUAUUCCUAUGAUCAUAGCACAGUGGCAAAAUCAACACGUUGUUGCAGAUCAUCCGGAAAUAAUCAGGCGUACAAUACUAUCUCGAGCAUCUUUCGAAUCACAAAUUGAAGUUAUUAUCCGUCAACUAAUCGCUAUGGUGCCAUUAGAAUUUCAGCGAACUAUUAUUUUCGCAAUGGAAGUCAUUCAAAGUAAUUUAAUUCCGACAUCUUUCAAUACGGAUUGGAUUAUUGAAUAUGGAAAUGCGUCAAAUGACUAUCUUUUGCGAUUUAUACCGCGAUUAUAUAAUAAUGAUACAUGUAAUUGCGUUGUUUCAUCAACUUGUCAAGAACCUUUACAGAUAGGUCCUCCUGGUAUUAUAUUACCUGGUCUUGUUGUUGGCUGCUCACCCAUCAAUGCUUUACGUAUGUCAACACUUGAAUGCAUGUUUUCAAUGGGUUGUGUCAAUACGAUUCUCAGUUAUCUUAACUACUAUACAGAGCUAGAUGGAUCACUACCGUCGAAUUUUACUAUACCUACAACAUUACCUUUUAUUAUUCAUCCACUUAAUCAAUCAAUUCCAUCACGUUUUUUACCGACUACACUGAUUGGUACACUAAUUGAUGGGCUGUUUAUUGAAGAUUGGCAAAAUAUUAGUUUAUAUGAAGAUUAUUUUGCUGCUUGUCAACCUACUAUGUGCCAAUACAAGUAUAUUCAACGCAAUAAUAUAUUGUUUGUAUUUACAUCUUUACUUGGUUUGUACGGUGGACUCGUGGUUAGCUUACGAUUUCUAGUAUGGCACGGUAUCUGUCUGUAUCGAUGGAUAAAAUUUUCUAAUUAUGUUCAUCCUGAAGCAGUUGUACCACGUACAAACACAGUCUAA